UGUCCGAGGACACCUGAACGCAGCGCAGAGCCAACAUGGCGGCGGGUAGCUCCUCCGUCUCUUGUUGUCUCUGAGAUCCGUCAGGUGGAGCUCCGGCAGCGGCCAGGACCCGAAGGAACGACCCGGACAACAGAUGCCCGCUUCCCCUGCGUCCCUCCCGGUUCUCUUCCAGCGGCUCUCCGGUACGCUGGCAGCGGACUGACGCGGCGGCGGCGGCGGGCUGAAGGUGGAGCGUCUCCCCGGGUUUCCUCACCUGUCUCCCGGGUAUGACUCACCGCAGCAGGUCGACUCCGUCCUCUGAACUGAUCCCUCCACAUUUCUGACGAUGUCCUCGCCUCCAGCCAAGCCUUCCUCCUCCUCCUCCUCCUCCCAGCCGCAGCCCUCCCCGGCGCUGGACUCCCUCUCCGUCUCCUCCCUCCUGUCUGGGGACCUGGACGAUGAUGAUGAUGGAGGACCAGGAGGCGAGGAGGAAGGCCUGGGAGAUCUGGAGGUCAACCCCUACGACGGUCUCCCCUUUUCCUCGCGCUACUACGCCCUCCUGGAGGAGAGGCGGCAGCUUCCUGUGUGGCGGCUCCGCCAGAGUCUGCUGGAGAACCUGGAGAACCACAACAUGGUUCUGCUGAGCGCGCCCAGCGGCACCGGGAAGAGCACCCAGGUGGCGCAGUGGUGCGUGGAGUUCGCUCUGUCCUUUGAGUUUUCCCACGGCCUGGUCUGCUGCUCCCAGCCGUACCCUGAGGCGGCGCUGAGUCUGGCUCUGCGCGUGGCCGACGAGAUGGACCUGAGUCUGGGCCUGGAGGUGGGCUACAGGGUGCCGCACGACGACAGCUGCACACCUGACACCUUACUCAGGUUUGUGAGCGACGCUCUGCUCCUGGAGGAGAUGAUGUCGGACCCGCUGCUGCGGCAGUACGGCGUGGUCAUCCUGGACGAGCUGCAGGAGCGCACCGUUCCCACCGACGUUCUGCUGGGUCUGCUCUGCGACGUCUGCCGCCAGCGGCCCGACGGCUUCCGGGUGGUCCUCCUCGCUCACCCCACGCUCGCCCCCCGCCUCGCCGCCUUCCUGGGAGCCUCCGUCCCCCACCUCUCCCUGGACGGCCUGCGGGGCGAGCCCCCGGACCAGGAGGACGGGAGGGGGGCGGACACGACGGCGUCGGGCGGAGUGGAGAUCAUGUACCGGGAGCUGUCGUCAGGGAAGGAGCCGGCCUCUGCUGCCUGCCACAUGGUGCUGGAUCUGCACCGCCGCGGAGAGGAAGGAGACGUGAUGGUGUUCCUGGCCAGCUCCCAGGAGGUGGAGGAAUGUCUGGUUCUGCUGGAGAAGGAGUGCGUGGCUCUGAGUCCUCAGCUCGGCGCCGUCAGGUUCCUGCCGCUCCACUCGGGUCUGGGCAGCCUGACCCAGCGGGUCUACGAGUCCGACCCCGGCACGCCGCCGAAGGAGGGCGCCCGCCCCGACGGCGCCGAGGCCGGCGUCCGCAGGAAGGUGAUCCUCAGCGACGCGCUGGGGGAGGCGUCCUUCUCCCUGCCAGGAGUCCGAUACGUGGUGGACACGGGCUGGCAGCUGAAGACGGUGUACAACCCUCAGAUCCGGGCCAACUCGCAGGUUCUGAGGAACAUCAGCAGGCAGCAGGCGGACAUGAGGACCCAGAGGAUCAACAGCCAGCGUCCCGGUCUGUGUCUGCGGCUGUACUCCCAGGCCCGGUACGAGGCGGCCAUGACGGAGGCCCACUGCCCCGCCGUGGUGGAGGAGAACCUCAGCCACCUGGUUCUGCUGCUGAAGAGGCUGGACAUCGCUGACAUGGGUCAGUGCAACUUCCUGGACCGCCCAGCGCCUGAAGCUCUCAUGCAGGCCCUGGAGGACCUGGACUACCUGGCGGCGCUGGAUGACGACGGGAACCUGUCUGAGGUGGGCAUCAUCAUGUCGGAGCUGCCGCUGGAGCCGCCGCUGGCCAAGGCGCUGAUCGCCGCCUGCGAGUACGACUGCGUGGAAGAGCUGCUGACGAUCGCCGCCAUGCUCACAGCUCCUUCCUGCUUCCUGGCUCCAGAGCCCAGCAGGGAGGAAGCUGCCGUCUCGGCCUGGAGGCCCCUGAUGCACCCGGAGGGCGACCACAUGAGCCUCAUCAACGUCUACAACGCCUUCCUCCAGCAUAACGAGGACGAGGCGUGGUGCGCCGCCAGCUUCCUCAGCCACGCCGCCUUGCGGCUCGCCGCCGUCAUCCGGGCGGAGCUUCUGGAGGUCAUGCAGAGGAUCGAGCUUCCUGUUUCCCCGCCCGCUUUUGGUUGCCAAGACAACUGCACCAACAUCAAACGGGCGCUCAUCUCAGGCUUCUUCCUCAAAGUGGCUCAUGACGUGGACGGCUCCGGGAACUACCUGCUGCUGACCCAUCGCCACGUCGCUCACCUGCAUCCCGCCUCCUCUUACCGCUGUCGGCAGCCGCGUCCCAGUCCUCCCAGCUGGGUCCUCUACCACGAGUUCACCAUCUCCAGGGACAACUGCAUCCGCAUCGCCUCCGAGGUCCACCCUCAGAUGCUUGUGGAGCUGAUGCCUCUGUACUUCCUGGGAAACCUACCAGCAAGCGACGGCAAGGAGAUGCUGAUGGAGCUCAGGCAGAGUUUAGCGCCCCCUUCAGGCGAGCUGGACUCUGAGGCAGAAGAGCACAGCAGGACUCAGAAAACAGCAGCGACUCACAAUCAGUCCAGCACAGAGCUCUGUGUCGUCCAAUGAGACGUAAGGGGCGGGGCUUCUCAGCAGACAUCUGGUCACAUGACUUGAUCUGAGUCGGUACUUUAAUUUGCUAUCCUGUGAAAUCUUAUUUCAGGUUUGAUCUGGACUUCUGCUGGAAUAAAAAAACUAAUUCAAGAGUUCUGCAGAACUCCGUGUACAGCUGCUGAAGAACACUAAUUCUUUUUCUAUUUUGUGUUUUAAUUUAAGAUUCUGUUUUAAACUCCUAUUUAAUGUGUGGUUUCUGUGUUUCUGUUAGAUGUUAAAGUCUAUUUUUAGGCUGAAAACAACAUGAAAUGAAGUUUGUUUAAAGACUUUGGUCUAAAAGCAAUAUCCAGAACCUCAGCGUGCUGAAACUGCAGUUUGAACUCUAUGCAGACGACAUCAAGGUUUACUGUGAUCGUCAUAGCUUCUAUUUUUCACCGUCUCCCCACUGUUUGGGUGUUUGGCUUUCCUACUAAGGUGUUCCCUCGCCUCGUUGUUUUUAUUAGCUAAAUAAAAACAACUUUAAAUAAAAUGUUCAUGUUUGAAAUAU